UGUAGAGACGCUACUUUCGGCCAUGUUGUGGUUUUAAAUGAGGAAGAAGCGGGAGAGGUUAUCGUGUAAAAUAAGUUUAUGUGCUCGUUUUCAUUCAGAGCGUUACUCACGGCUCUCGCGUCAGUUUAAAAAGAAUAACCGUAGACACUGACACACGCAGAGGACUGUUCUGAGGUAGUUGGGAUAGACGAAAUAUAUCUGUUCGUCACUUAUCGGUAGUAUUAGCAUCGCGAGCUAACUAGCUAGUUAGCUAGGUAGUUGUCGAGAGGUUAAGCUUAGGCUUAGGUUAGCUAGCGAGCCAGGGUGCGUUUACUGGAAAUGGGGAUUAGGCUAGUCAGCUAACAAAGCUAGUUAGCAUUUGGUUAACGCUGGCUACUAGCAUGCGCACGGCGCGCGGGAGUUACACGGAUGCCGGAGCUCGUUGACGCUAAAUGCAUUUGGCUUUAGGAGUUUCCUCUAACGAGCUUCAACAUGUUCAAUAAAUUCUGCGAAUGGAUCGAAAGUGGUAUAGCAACUCUCCGCGAAGGAGUGCCGGCUGCUGGAGAUCCGUCCGCCACCGUCCGAGUUCAACAAGAUGCUGCUUCACAGAGAAAAAGACCGCUAGAGAGUUUGGAAGAUGGGGAUGCCAUUAAUCAUGAAGAGGACAGAGCUGUCAAAAAGUUUAGAAUGGGAGAUAUUAUGGACACAAUGAAGAAUGCUGCAGAGGGGAUGAAGACCCAUGGCUCCAGUGUUGCUUUGUGGAUGCGUAACAGCGUCAGUCCAACAUUGAGGAACAUGCUACCUGCUUCCCCCGGCCCACCUCAAACUCGAAUAUUAUCACCUAAUGCAGCCAAUUCAUCGGGAAAUAUGUGGACUGAAAGCAAGGUGACUGAAAGACCACAUGAAUCACGAAAGGACACAUUUGUUGUUCCCGCAGCAGCUUUUGAGUGGAAGACCUAUAAAUCAGACUCUUUAAGAACAGAAUCUUCAGUGACCAUAUCGAAGGUCAGCAAACGAUACGUACAUGCAAGCUUUCCAUCCCAUGAGACGCACAAAACCAAUGGCCACCCAGUUACUACCUGCAGUUCAAAACCAUGCCCCUCUCCUCGACUCGGCCGUCCACUUUACGUCAGAGCACAAAGAUCACCAAGUCGUUUUUCGACGCCUGGGCCAAGCUCAGGAAACACAUCUUACACCAGCAUGUAUGAGAAAACCUUUCCCAUUCGAGUAGUGCAGAACCCUUCACCUGGCUCCUCCAGCCGUCACUGGAGAGGCAGAACGCACUGCACAGCACAAGAGUCAGUCCGUGAGGAAGAGAAGGAGGUGUACAAGCAGUUACUAGCCAUGGUGUCCGGCGGCCAGUCAUCGUUUUACCAUGACAAUACCUCUAACCCAGUGAUCCGAUCACAUAGAGAUUUUUCCAGUUUCCUGACAUCAAGUCGCAGGCUGCUGCAGUGUGCCUCGCCAGCAGGCUCAGGAGCAGGAGAGUCCUCUCUCGGGUUAUCCAGCCUGUCUCCCAGUCCCCAGACCUCAAGUGCGAUGCACAGCCCUUCUGCACUCUCCAACGGGCCUGAAACACAGUCAUGGGAUCCUGAUUCAGAUGGCAAAUAUGUUGCAAGAAAAACAGUGUUAGCUGAGCAAUCAGUGCCCUCACCGGCGGCUCUUCAAGAUACUUCUUCUCAGGACACACAGUCUUCUGGUGUGCACUCUGCUCAUGAUGGGGAUUCUGUUAUUUUUGUCAAGGAGCAACAUGGCAAGAGACCAGAGGGCUCCAGUGUGCCAUGUUUCCAAGCUGAGUUAUGGAUCAAAGAACUGACAAGCCUUUAUGAUGCUCGUGCUCGGGAGAGACGGAGACUAAUAGAGGAGCAAGAGGCUCUGGCAUCUCAGCUUCUGCAUCAGCGUCUUUCCGGCGAGGGUAGAGCUGAUUUAACAAGUGUGGAGCUGCGGGUUCGGGUCCCUCUUGAGAAGGAGGUUCCUGUGGCGCCUGUUGUUGCGGAACCAGAGCCUGAAGCAGAGGAACAGGAAUUCCAUGAGUUGACAGAGGCCAUGGAAAAUGCGGUGAGCCAGGCACUAAGAGGAGGAAGUCAAGAUGAUGUCCUCAGUGAGGGUUUCCGCCUCACCAUCACCCGGAAGGACCUACAGACCCUCAGCAACCUCAACUGGCUCAAUGACGAGGUGAUAAACUUCUAUAUGAACAUGCUGGUUGAGCGGAGCAAGUCACCCCACUUGCCCUCUGUGUACACCUUCAACACUUUUUUCUUUCCCAAGCUGCGUAGCUCGGGAUACUCAGCUGUACGGCGCUGGACCAAGAAGGUUGACAUUUUCUCUGUGGACAUUAUCCUGGUGCCUGUCCACUUAGGAGUGCACUGGUGUCUUUCGGUAGUGGAUUUCCGCAAAAAGACCAUCACGUAUUUUGAUUCCAUGGGUGGGAACAACGAUGAGGCAUGUCGGGUUUUGCUAAAAUAUUUGAAGCAAGAAAGUGAAGACAAAAAGAAGCAAGCAUUUGAUACCUCAGACUGGAUCCUUCAUAGUAAAAAACGCAACGAGAUUCCUCAACAAAUGAAUGGCAGUGACUGUGGGAUGUUUACAUGCAAGUAUGCUGAAUACAUCACCAAAGACAAACCGAUCACAUUUACACAGAAACACAUGCCAUAUUUUAGGAGGCGGAUGGUCUGGGAGAUCUUGAACCGGAAACUUCUACGAUAAUGUGUUUUCACCUGGGAAAGCAAUGACAUGAGGCUCUAUCUCAGUGUUUUUUUAAAUUGCGCUCGAUACCUCAGAUUGGACACUCGAGUGAGAAACAAACAUAGAAAUGGCGCAAACGCACUUCUUCAGCUGGCAUCCCGUUUCGCUGAUGCUCCGCCUGUUUAAAUUUUUAAGGAUGUCUACCAAGGGACCCUUCAAAUCCCAAGUGUUUUUCCUCCAAAUAAUUCUGUCAUGUUCCCCUCUGCAACAUUCAGCAACUACCUGGCAUGCUUUUGCUAUUGGCUUAGAGAUUUCUCUGCAGCAUGAGUUCUGUCUGAGUUAUGGGGGGGAUUUCUUUGUUGUUUUAGUUUUUUUAAUUAAUUUAUUUUUUUUUUUUUAAAAAAUAGUUGAGUUGAGAAGUGUUUUUCUUUUUUCUUUUUUUUUUCUUUUUUUUUUUUUUCCUGAAGUCAUAAUUAUGAAUGUCUUACAUUCUUUUUUUGUCAUCAAUACAAACUUUAAAUGAAACUUCCCUAAUACAGAAGGUGGCAGCUUGGGACCAACAGCUGUUUGCUUUCACACAGUAAGCAAGCUAAAUCUGACAAUCUCAAUUUUUGUAAACUGAGAAAACAAACGUACAAAAGAACACUAUAUUUUUGAUGUCAAUACAUUUCUAUUUUACAAAACAUUUCUGACUGAACAUGCCACAAUUUUUUUUUUUUUUUUUUUUUUAAUAUUAUUAUUAUUAUUACAGAAUUGCCUAAUUGCAUUUGGCUUCUAUUUCUGCAGAGGUCUAAUUUACAGUGUUUAUGACUUCAGUCUGAUAUUUUUUUUUUUCUUAGAAAAGUUCGUUCAGCCGAAGCUCCACACUUUUCCGAUGGCUAAAUCUUUGUUGUAGGAUGGGACAAGUGGCAGAGUGGCAAAUCGAGAGGUCAGUGUAGGGCAACUCGACCUGUAAAUAGAACCAGCAGUAUAGCAUCCUCCUGUUUUGUAUAAACCCCAGAGGAUAUUCACCUCUCUUUAUGUAAGUGUACUAUAUUUAGAUACUUGCAGCCGUUUCUAGUUUUGUCUCCACUAUAUUUGCAAUUAUUGUACAUAACGUGUCUACACAGAUUAAUUGAAGUCAUAUUUAAUACAUUUUUUGUACCUUUUAUUAUUGUUUUGUAUGUAGAUCUGGUCUUUCCAGAAAUAAAAACCUGAGGCUGUGUGUCCUGGCUUGA